CUUUCCCCCUCCCGCCUUGCUUCAGGCCCAGGGUCGACUGCUGGGCCAAAUGCGACUCGUUGGCUCCAUCCCAUCCCGCUAACCACCACUCCACCACCACCCUCUCCCUCUCACUCUCCCUCUCGUCUGCCUUUUCCUUCUCUUUUCUUAUCCACCCCCCUUCCCCGCCCUCACCUCUUCUAUCUGCCCCCCCCCCGCUUCAAUCUUACACAAUCUCCCUUGGGUCCUUUUUUCCUUGCUUCUUCUCGCUUCCUCUUUUUGGGCUGCAGACUACAUACCACUUACUGGCAUACACAUCCACCCGGACUUGGACUCGAGUGGGGAUACACCACCCUCUUCAAACCCCGGAAUCUCGCACUGCAUCGGCAAUGCGCCUGA